GUUUCUUGGAGACGUUUCAAAAUGGUGGAUAUUUGUCAUUAAAACUCCCGAGUAUAGACAAACAAAAGGUCUAUUCCAAAACUUUGUAAAGACGUUUUGGAAUAAAAUAAACUGACAUGGGAAAUAUAUGAGCGUUAUUUUAGGAAACAUUAAAAUGUGUGACGCGUGUUCAGACUUCCUACAACUUCUCAUUUCAUAUGAGCCCCAGUUUUGUAGGGAAACGAACGAGCAGCCUAUUUUGACUAAUAGAGAUGUAGAUAUUGUAUAUGUAUAUGUUCAGACUUGGCCAACUAGGCAGUGCAUGUGUUGUUACCGUGACCCAAAAAACCUUGAACGGUUUAGCUAUGUCACCCAGGGCCUCAUUUAUAUGGCAGCGAGUCAGUUGAAAUGCCUCUCAGACAAAGAGCCUGCGACUGAUAAAAGAAAAGAAGAUGAGCCUGACAAAAAGCACAAAAGCAAUAAACAUUCAGAGGACGAAAAAGAGAAUCCAGAAGUUAUAGAAAGGGAUAAACUAUUGAUAUUGGUUUCUAAAAUAUUUUUACUGAAUUUUCCUUUGUAUGUAGCAUACAAACACACAAUUCAGGCCAAGUUGGAUGAAUUGACCCAACAAGAGAUGCAGAAUCUGAAUUUGUUUUGCGAUUUGCACGAUUCAGAGAUUCCAAUUUACCUCCUAAAGAACGUUAGUUGGUUCUGCAAAAUGGGUGGGCUUUUAGCAAUGACGACAUGCUUCACGAAACUCACUCCCGAGUUACUGCCAGUCUCUACUGCACAUGCGAUGAUAUCUGUUGUUUGUAAUUUAAAACUAUGGAUGAACUAUAAGAGCAUGGUCUCCAUGCUGGUACCAUUGCGUUCCUGUGUUCUGCGGUACAUGUGUAAACUAUCAGAUCAAGAUCUACGUACUCCAACUAUUAAGAGCAUGGCUGAUUUCAUGUGGAACGCCAUAAAAGAUCCGCUUGAUUCGCCGGUAGCAUUCGACCUGGACGGUCUGGAUUUGGCUUUCAAAUAUUUCACGUCAACCACUCUGACGAUGCGUCUAGCAGGGAUAACUCAAAUCAACAAUCAAAUCGGCGUCCUCGCGGAAAUAUGCGUGGGCGAAUCUUUACCGGAGGCGGAGGCAGCGCCGAGACAUAUGGCAGACUGGCUCAUUAGCAACAACAUAAUUUCACACAUAUUCGGCCCCAAUCUGCACGUUGAGGUUAUCAAGCAGAGUCAUAUUAUUCUGAACUUUUUGGCAAUGGAGGGGAGGAUAACUUGCGAGCACAUGGACGUCAUUUGGGCAGCUGCUCAGCUGAAGCAUUGCUCAAAACCGGUUCACGAUUUGUUGCCUGGUCUUGUGAAACAUUUAGCUGCAGCACCAACUCUACAUUUGUACAGUUUACUUACUAAACUGGAACCGAAGGAUCACACAGAGCAGACAUUAUAUUUAGCAUCCGCUCUUAUAAAAGCAAUCUGGUCCAGAGGAAGUGGUGCUCCCGAAAUAGGGAUGAUCAACGUGGCAACAUCAGGUGCAGGAAUUGCUAUGCACAAGUGUUCUUCAUCUGAGAACAGCGUCAGCUUAGACCCAACUAACUCAGAAGAAGAUCAUGGAGAUAGUUCAGCUCAGUCAGAAAGUCACAAAACCGAUAGCGAGGACAUUGAUGGGGUUGAAAUCGAUGAAGAUGAAACAGGACAGCUCGUAGAUAACAACGGACCUCCUCCUUGCAAAUUGGCCAAGAAGCAGAUUAUGGAGAGAGCUCAUUGCGAAGGCAGCAGUACUGAUACUGAAUUGGAUGGCAUUCCAAUCAAAACUCCAGAGUCGAACAAAUCGAAGUGGACAGGACAAAUGAAAUCUAAGAACGAGAAAAGAGCACAUGUUCGUAAAAAAAUUCUAACAAAUCUGAACGUUCUUCCGGAAAGUGUAGAGGCGGGUCCAUCUAGCUCUUCGCAAGACGAGGCUGAUGUGGAGGACUCGCCAUCCAAAAUGAGAAAAAGGAGAAAACUAUUGAGGAAAACUAGAGUGAAACGACAAAAAGGUAGUCACAAACGAUCAUCCAGGGCCGUUGGUAUAGAAACACUCAGCGAAGUUGAUGUUGACAGCGACCACGAUAUUAAGGGUACUCUUAAUAUGACAAAUGACGUCUUAGUGCUUCCAUCACAAAUGAACGACCUAGUCGAUAUUGAUCUGAAACCAGCUGCUUACCUGGAGGAGAGUUCUUCCUGCAGCGAACUCGGCAAAGAAAGCCACGACGGAGCUUGCGCAAAUUUUCUCUCUUUACAUGCCAGAGGAGGGCAUAUUCUGGAGAUGCUCAGUGGCGAAGAGGCUGAAGUUGAGGGAGACGCUGAAGGCAGCUAUUCUUCGAGGAUGAGCAACAAGUCAGAGAAAAACAUGGCGGAUUUCGAUGGAGAGGAUUCAGUUUGUGAAGAGGAGUUGGCUCGUUUGACUGAUCAUGCACAUAUGAAUAUUCACGUUUUCAAUCAUUCUCCUGAAAAGUCACCUAUUAGAGUAGACCCUCGUAUGUCUGCUUGUUUUAAAGUGGACAAUGUUUGCCAACCAGGCAAUACUUUAUUGUGGGAUUUACUCCAGGAUGAUAAAAUUUGUCAGCUGGGAGAAGGACUAGCAUUAGAAGCUGAGAAGACGUUGUGCAAUUUAAUCUGUUACACACCUGACAAAGAAAUACGCAUGAAAUUCAUUGAGGGUUGUCUAAAUAAUCUAGCAAACAACGUGUCCGUUGUUGUAUCCCUUCGGAUGCUUCCGAAAUUAUUGACUUCUUUUCGAGGCCUAGAUAUGCACCACGUUACUCAUUGGGCCGAUCGACAACAUCACAUGAUGACGCAUUUUUUCAAUAAUUUGAAAGUCUACACAGCAAAUCCAAAUAAGUCAUUGCCAAUGUACACCCAUCAAAUGCAAGUACAAGUUCGGCUACAUUUUUUAUCUGCUGUUUUUUCGCCUGUGGUAUCACCAACUAAUUUCAAGCAUAUUUAUUUUUUGGCAGAUGUCAGUAUGGCGGCUAUUCAAUAUAUAAACAGUUACUAUAUGGGUCACAAUUUACAAUACGAAGACCAGUUCGUUUGGCAGUGCAUGACCCAUUUAAAAGCGGCUUCUGAGGAUCUGGCAUCGGCCACUGGUUCAGAAGAAGCAUCUUUGCUCUGUAUUCAGAGAGCUUUGGUGUUGAUGAAAACGCAUAUUGAAACAUUCCGCAGAAGGUAUGCUUUUCAUUUGAGGAAAUGGGCUUUGGAAGGGAAAGGUAUAGGCAGUCAUUCUGCUGCUUUGGGUGAUAGGCCUAGCACUCCUAUCAGGAUUAUUGUACAGUCUGGUAGCUCUACAGAACGGUGUUUUCUGGAUAUGCUCAAUACUGACUAUGUCGCAGAUCUCAGGGCGGAAAUAGUGAAGUGGUGCGAAGGGAUCCAACAGAUGAAGAAUGAAACUAGUGAAAAUAACAAAACGAAAACCGGCGAUACUUGGAUCAGGAUCAUAACCCAAGGGCAGGAAUUGACCAUCGAUUGUGAGGAAAAAACCUUAGCCGAAAUGGGAUUUAAAGACAACCACAUGGUCUAUAUUUCGGUGGGUAUGUCUAGAAACAUGAAAAAGAGGGAAUGCUUGGACUCUCCUUCAGUGCAACCACCUCCACCCAGGGAGUGCCUCCCGACGUUAUUGCUCCUUCAACCGAAUUAUUUCGAACAACUGUUUUCUUUGAUGCACACGUUGAGCUCCAUGAAAAUCCAAGUUAAAGGCGGGGUGAGUCCAAUCAAGUUAUUCCAGUCGCCUAAUUUUUCUGGUUGGCUGCAGAGAUUGGUAUUGGAAGACCCCGAACCAGCUGUGCGACGAGAAGCGUGCUCUGCCAUCUAUAGACUAUGUUUAGGCAUAUCAGCAAAUCGUGAACCCAUGGAAAGCAGCUUGGUAGCUCCCAUGUUGUCCCAACUGCUGCUCUAUCUGGAGAAAGCCGAAAGUAUGCGCCCUCAAAAACUAGAGGCUCUUCAAGCCCCUGAGGAAGGUAAGGAACCCUACGGACCAGCGUGCAGGGACUACUUCUGGCUCGUUUCCCGUCUCGUGGAUAGCCUUCCCGACGACUUGGUGAAAGAGAGUCUUGAAGACCCCCAGAACUGCAUAAUCGACAUUAACGGACUGGCCAACAAACUGACUAUGUCAGUCCUCUCGCGAGACUAUCUUGAAACCAGGCAUCGUACGGUCGACGACGACGGUCUAAUCGGUCUCUUGAACCUCAUCGCCAACCUGCUGAAGCACCGCCCUCCCUUCCAGACUGACAAAGGGGGCCGUGACCUACUCGAUGAGGUGUUUGAAUUCUUAUUCGCCCUACCAAACCCAAAACUACGGCACGUGCCGAAGUGCAAGUCACCUCGUUCAAGGACAGCCGCCUUCGAUCUGCUUGUAGAACUAGUGAAAGGUUCCCCUGAGAAUUAUGCGGCCUUGCACCAGAAACUGCUUCAACAACACCAGCCGGGACCGAAUUCACCCUAUCCCUGGGAUUAUUGGCCGCACGAGGACGGCAGAUCAGAGUGCGGUUAUGUCGGUUUGACCAACCUUGGUGCAACUUGUUAUAUGGCUUCAUGCAUGCAACACCUCUACAUGAUGCCGCAAGCUCGGGCCUCUAUCUUGGCCGCUAACACCGACCAAGCGAAACAUGAACCUACCCUUAGGGAGCUUCAAAGGAUGUUUGCUUACCUGCUAGAAAGUGAGCGAAAGGCAUACAACCCGCGCAGUUUCUGCAAAGUCUACACGAUGGACCAUCAACCGCUGAACACAGCCGAGCAGAAAGACAUGGCAGAAUUUUUUAUCGAUUUGGUCAGCAAGCUAGAGGAGAUGACGCCCGAUCUGAAGGAGGUAAUAAAGAACUUGUUUUGCGGUGUAAUCAGCAACAAUGUGGUUUCGUUGGAUUGCGACCAUGUCAGCCGAACGCUAGAGGAAUUUUACACGGUGCGUUGCCAGGUUGCGGAUAUGCGGAAUCUGUACGAAUCACUAGACGAGGUGACCGUGAAGGAUACACUCGAAGGGGACAACAUGUACACAUGUUCACAGUGUGGGAAGAAAGUCCGAGCAGAAAAGAGGGCUUGCUUCAAGAAGCUGCCGCAUAUUCUAUGCUUCAACACGAUGCGCUACACUUUUAAUAUGCUGACGAUGCUCAAAGAGAAGGUUAACACCCACUUCUCGUUCCCGCUGCGCUUGAACAUGGCCGGCUAUGUUGAGAAGCAACUCAUGCCACAGCACUAUCAAGAGGAGAAGCAGAAAUCGAACGACGCCGAGUUUGAGCAGUACGAGUACGAUCUAAUAGGUGUGACAGUCCACACUGGCACUGCGGACGGCGGCCACUACUACAGCUUCAUCAAGGACCGGACGGCGGGAUCGCGCGACAAAUGGUUCCUCUUCAACGAUGCCGAAGUAAAACCCUUUGACCCGAAUCAAAUCGCGGCCGAAUGCUUUGGAGGCGAGAUGACGAGCAAGACAUAUGACAGCGUCACCGACAAGUUCAUGGACUUUAGUUUUGAGAAGACAAACAGUGCCUAUAUGCUGUUUUAUGAGCGGUGCCCCGUCGACAGGGGAUCAUCAACUGCUGACGAGGCCACUUCUUCGAGAGCCCCUUCGCCCGCCGCGACGAUCGAACUCAGUAAGGAACUCGAGGAUUGGAUAUGGCGCGACAACAUGCAUUUUAUAGAGGACAAGAACAUCUUUGAGCACACAUACUUCAACUUCAUGUGGCAGAUAUGCGGGUACAUCCCGCAGACACUGCCUCCCAUCGAACCGAACGUCACGCAAAAGGCUGCGCAGCUGUCGACGACGUUCUUCAUCGAGACGUUCAUUCACGCUAAGGAGAAGCCAACGAUGGUGCAGUGGGUCGAACUGGUUACGAAGCAGUUCAAUGCUUGCCAAGAAGCCUGCAUUUGGUUCUUAGAUCACAUGGCACAAAAUACCUGGUGGCCGGUCCAAGUUCUGCUGAAAUGUCCCAACCAAAUGGUGAGGCAGAUGUUCCAAAGGCUGUGCAUUCAUGUGAUACAGCGACUGAAGCAGUCGCAAUCGAAACUAUACCUGGAAUCCGGAGAUAUGUCGGAAAUGUCUGAAAGAAAACUAGUGGAUUCCUCCAACAUCGGAAACUCUUCUUGUGUCACCCGCUUUAUCAGGAUGCUGCUGUCGCUCAUGGAGCACGGCGCGAAGGCCCACCUGAAGCACCUAACAGAAUAUUUUGGCUUCCUUUAUGAGUUCAGCAAAAUGGGCGAGGACGAAUCGAAGUUUCUGCUUGCUGUCGGUGCCAUCAACACGAUGGUCCAUUUUUAUCUUGGUCAAAAAGUCAACGACUUUGUCGACGUCAGUGAAGGUGAGGAGGAAGAAGAAGUUGUGGCUCUGCCGCCGGACAAGUACAAGCCGUUGUCUCUCGACAAGAUGAUCACACUGAUCGCAUCCUUGUUGGAGAAGAGUAGAGACGUUACUGGGAAGAUGCAGUUGAGCGAGAAAGACUACAACGCAAUAGCGGGCGGCAAAGGGUUCACAUUUCUCUACCAGCAGAUCAAAGACAACAUCAACCUGCAGCAGACGAGGAACCUGAUCCACUCGCUGUGUAAGGGGAAUAACCAGCUGGCCCAAGCUAUUAUCUGUAUGAUAUCCCAGGCGAUAUCUCGGAAUGCCGAG